GAGAGAGAGAGAGAGAGAGAGAGAAGUGAAGUGAAGUGAAAGUAGUUGCUACCACUUUUCUUUUCCAGCAAACUCAAAACAAAACAAAAUAAAACUGCACCUGGCCAAGCAAUUCAGGAACUUAAGGAGAAGAUUUGGAACUGUAAGGUAAAGCGAUAAAACAGAGAGAGAGAGAGAGAGAGAGAGAGAGAGAGAGAGAGAGAGAGAGAGAGAGAAAGAAAGAGAUCAUCUGACACGCACAACAAAGUACAGUAGAUAGAAAUGUGGAUACUGUAAUCAGAUAGAUAGAUAGAUAGAUAGAUAAAUAGAUAGAUAGAUAGAAAGAUAUUUGCUGUAGGUAAGUAUACUACAGUAUACAGUAGUACAUAGGUACUUCGGAAGCUCACCAGAAUUACAAGUUACUAGUACAAGGUACUAAAUUAUGUGCACUGCUUGAUAUUACUACCUUUGAGAGAUUGUAGUACUUUAAUAGUACGUAGUAUGUAGUAAGAAGUAUGCUGAGGCCAUAAUGGCUUUGCUAAACUGGGAUUCUCCAGAAACUGGUUUGCGCUAACUGGAAUUCUCAAUAAAGUGAACGGGUGUUUCAAAAGUACCGGAUUUCUAAACGGGAAUUACAAAGAAGCACUGUUGGAUAAACAGAGAUUCCAAAACCAAGAAUCUCCAAGAAAUACAUUGAGUCUGAUGAACUGCGAUUGCAAAUAAACUGGGAAAGUGGAACUGAGAUUUUGCAGAGAUUCUGGACUUAAAAGAGGAAGAAAAUCAGUAUUUAAGAAAUCAUGAGAUUUCAUGACCUUUCAACUCUGUAGUCCACCUGCUUCUACACUUUAUCAUCAACAGAGAAAGCAGAAUGGCCUCUAAUCUGAGUGACAGCCUCACUUCCAUGGACUGGCUUCCUCAGCUCAAUCUCAAAAGGUGUGUGAAAAGCAGGAGCUCGGAGCUGGGGGCCCAAACUGAAAAGGGGCCCCGAGGGACAAGCAAGCCACCCUUUAGCUACGCCACUCUCAUCAGCCAGGCAAUCAAGUCCACCGCCCGAGGGAGAAUGAGCCUCAAUGAUAUCUACAGCUGGAUCUGUGAGCAGUACCCCUACUACAAGAACACUGGGGCAGGCUGGAAGAACUCGAUCAGGCACAAUCUCUCCCUCAAUAAGUGUUUCCGAAAGAUUCCGCGACCCAGGGAUGACCCCGGGAAAGGAUCCUAUUGGACGAUAGACAGCUGCCCUAAAGAAGACCCACCCCUCCCAAGAGGAAAAAGACCACACCCACCAGACCAUGAGGCGUCUCAGGAUUCCUGGCUGGAACAGGAAGUGACCUCAAGCACAAGUCAGAGGCUGCAGAGUGAGAGUGUGAGAGACGAGAUACUGUGGGAAGGACCACUGCCAAGCAAGGUGAAUCCUCCCCCGCGACAGGGGGGAAAAGACCUGGGGUCGGACGAGCCCCCGCUCAGAGGAGUCUUUCUGCGCUUCUCCUUUACUGAGAUGCAUCUGCAGGACCUGCUGGGGUCUUCAUUCCAGAGUCUGUACAGGACCAUGAUUGGAACCCUUCUGGACCUGGACCAGUCACGACACCCACACACAAACAGUGCUCCUCACUCCAGCAGGACAUCCUGUAUGUUUGAGCAGGCUGCCCCCCUGCACACCCCCACCUUCCCCUCCGAUCCGGGAGGAGGAGGAGGAGGAGGGGGGGGCCCCCCCCCAGGAGCAGGUCCUCCUGUCACGACAGGGCUGUCCGACAAGGCAGUGCAGGGCCCUGUGCAGAACAAUGCUCCUCAAACUCCAGUCUUCACUGCAGGACACGCGAUCCCUACUGAUUGGUUCUCCAGUAUUGACAGUCUCAAAGAGAGUUUCAAAAUCGCCAAUAACCUCGACUGGUCUACCAUCGAUCUCACUCAGUUUCCUGAUCUUUUAAAGAGCAUGCAGCAGGCUGACAUGUCUAACUGGUCCUUGGAUCGCACUCUCUUCACUUCCCUAUGUGAUUCACUGAACCAAUUCUUCACCCAAACAGGCCUGAUCCACUCCUAUCACACCCUGCAGCCCACCCAGAGUGGGGCCAUCAACUCCCAUCACACCCUGCAGCCCACCCAGAGCGGGGCCAUCAAGUCCCAUCACACCCUGCAGCCCACCCAGAGUGGGGCCAUCGACUCCCAUCACACCCUGCAGCCCACCCAGAGUGGGGCCAUCAACUCCCAUCACACCCUGAAGCCUCUGAGCAGUCUUGCCCCUUCCCACAAUGAAGUUCAGCAGCAGUUGGGAGGAGGAUCCCAGACCAACGGCAUCAAUGAGUUUCUGCAUUCUCGGGAUCGAGCAGCACACACUUUGCCAGGAUUCCCUUCCCAGCAAGCACUGAGACACCCCAGUGCAACCACCUCUUCAAGAACUACUAUAGGCUCAGUUCCACAUUCUCAAGCCCCUCCCUUUCCUGCCCACCCCCCAAAGCUGCGUUACACUAGCAACAGUGAAGAAAUCCCAGAUGACUUCGACUGGGACUUAUUAUUGAACUGAACUCGAUUAAGAAAUUGUGUCUCAACCCUCAAUACCAACAAAUCUGUAUGGAUUGUAAUAGAACUUACAGGCAACCUGUGAGAAAAAAUUAUGGUUCUCAAGAAACUGCAGUUUGAAAAUGCGAGCCAGUCCACAGUUAUUCUAAAGUGAUCUUCAAAAGUAUUCUUCUUGGAACUACCAAACAAGCAGAAUCAGAAUAAAAAGUGCACCUCCCAGCAUGCCUCUAUAUUGUAGAAACAGAGAGGGAUCAUGGGAGCUGUAGUUCUUUUUUUUUUAUAAAGACACUGUAGAAGAGUAUAAUGAUUGGGACUACGCUGCCGGUAGCAACCUGAGCAAUACUGAGCCUUACUAAGACUGUAAGUCUGACACUAGCAUUAAAAUAAGUAGAAUCAAGAUAAAAACUACACCUCCCAGUAUGCCUUUUUUCUUGUAGUAACAGUGAGUCAUGAUGUGAGUUGUAGUUCUUUCAUACUGGCAGAAAGAAGAGUUACUAAAAUGAUCUGGAGUGUGCCAGCAGUAACCUGAGCAAUCUGACUGUGAACUGACACCAGAGUUAUUACAGGAGUUAAAUAAUGAAACCUGGGGAGUGGGGGUCUAUCAUUCAUCCUGGAGGUUCCUAUGCACUGGAGGGGGUUUACAUGAGGUCGGAUUACUGCUGGCAAUGGUACAGUAGCACUUCUUCUCAACAAGGUAUUUCUAAUGAUAACCAGAACUGGUACUGUAGAAUCCCUCCCCCACUCUUUUUGAAAGUUCACGCUGAUUAAGUUUUAUAAGCAGAAGAGCCAGAACUCCACAGUGCGUCUUCUUGGGUUGUGAUCUGCUCAGAUCUCAGAACAGUAGGAAGAUGAAUAAUCCGGAUUUUAAAGGAACCCCGUUAUCAUGAAUGAAUAUGAACUAUGAAUAUUAGAUAGAUCAUAAUUAUUUUAUAAUGCUGGUUUUAUUACUGUAUAGCACAGAUUUGAAAUAGAUGCUGCAUACACAUGUUAUCUCUUUUUCUAUGAUUAAUAUCCUACGCAUGUUCUUUAUGAUUAUCUAUUAUUGUUCAUGCUGAGAUUAUUCAUUGACAGGGUUAUUAACUAUCUGAAAAGAGGAAUUCUGAAGAGACUCAUCAAGAUUUUAUGAAUUGAGGUUGGGAAGCAUAUUAGCGUUACACUGUGCACUGAAGCCCAUAGGUGAAGCUUUUUUGCACUGAAGCCUGUGAAACACUGAUUGGCUUCCCCACCACUUUGCCACAAUCAGCCUUGGGGAGUCUUUUCAGAAACUGGAUUAGCUCAUAAGCAUGUCCUAUAAUGAUCAAAGCAGAAACAGCAAUAGAGAAUGGUAGCAAACACACAGAAUACAAUAUUAUUAUGAUUAAGUUAGAUAUUAGGAAAAUUGCUAUUAUGAAAUAAAGUAUCCACAAAUAACACCAAGUAUAUUUGAUGCAUCUUUGUAACUUUAAAUCCAUGAUAUGAUUAGUCUUGCAUUCUGUUCACUCUCUAAGGUAUAUGUUUGACACAAAGUUGCUUUUGGCAUAAUGAAUAUAUUUUACUACAUAAAUGAAAUUGUGUAUUUAUUUAAACAUUUUAUCCAGCUUAUUGUAAAAGAAAUAUGACAAAAUAUGUGUCUAGUGUAGAAACAGACAGCAGUGCCACAUAUAAAACAUAGAACUAUUUGGGAUCACCUAUACUCUCCAUAACAUAACAUCUCCCUGUGUAAUAGUGUAUUGUGCUGUGUAGAAUGCUACAAUAGGGUCAUUCUUGUGUAACCUAUAUGUGUGUGUUUAAAAAUAAAAAAAUAAGUAAAGGUCUGAGUGAGAAAAAAUGGACAAUACAAUCCCCA